CAAACUGGAUUUAAACUAAGACAAAUCAGGGGAUAUCUGUAGUGAAUUCAAGGUAAGCAAAUACCUUUGUUAAUCAACAAUCAUGGCUCCAUACAGUUUAUUGCAUCCGAUGUCCAAAGUGUGCUUGGAAGAAAAAACGGAAUUCUCUGCUACUCAGCAUCUCUCUUAUUCAAGGAGCAAAUGGUUUCAACUCCCCGACCCCGAGACUGAGAGCCACAGCGACGUGUGGAUCAAACCGCCAGAUUUCUCUCUUAAACUGUACAGGUCUCUGUCAGUUCCUCAGAAGGAAGAAAGAAAGACACAUUCAAAUCCAGCAGUACCACCUUCAAGUAAAGCACAGAGGAAAACUGGAACAUUUCUACCAAGGGUUUUACAUGAGGGUUUCCGAAGAGAAGAGUCUCCAAAGUUCCUCACAUCAUACAGGCCUCCCGAUUCUCUUGAGUCCGAGCUGAUGUUUGUCAAGACUGGGAAGUACCUUUGUGGGCCUUACAAGAACCCAAAACCACAUAACUUCAGACCGCUCAAUGAGGACCUUCCAGACAUAGUUACUACAUACGAAAGAGAUCCUGGUAACCUGCAUUUCAAGUUGAAGCACUUGGACAUUAUUCAAAACACUACCACCAGGUCAGACCUAACUUCAAGUGAUACCGAGAAAGGGAUGGACACAUAUAGAGCUGCCGAGCCAAGAUGGGAUGCGAGGCUCAUACUCCCUCCGCUGCUCUGGCCCCCAAAAUCAGCUUCCUAUACUAGACACAGAUGCAGAAGAGGAGCGUACAGUGCAUUCUUGGAUCGUGUGGAAGAGAAACUCUCAAGAUCAUGGAAAAAUAGAUCCUAACUUUGUCUUUUUUACUUAUUUAAAAAUCAAAUGUAUAUGUACAUAUCCCUGAUAAUGAUCAAAUAGGGACAUAUUUGGAGAUUCUAGUAGCUUUAAGGUUCUGGCGGUCAACAUGCAGGGACUUUGGGGGUCAUAAAGGUCAUAAAACCACAUUAAGACGCCCACUCAGACAGCUGCUCACCCGGUUCCCCAAGAAUUAUAAACACGCGAAGCCUGCACAUGUUCGAAGCAUAUCUGAAAUAGCUGAACAUAUGCGUUCAAGGAGUAAUCCGUGACUCUGGGCAUAACUCGCAGACUAAAUAUAAAAUGAAAAGAAUAUCAGUCACUGCAUUAAACCUCAUGACCCACACGCUGCCAUGUGUUUGUGUUAUUUGAAUCCCCUGUUAUCCAGUCAAAUG